AUCUCGUUACCUGGAAAAAACGUGUGUUCAUAGUCCCUUCCUGUUUCGUGUCGGAGAAAUACAGACAUAUUUUCUACAAUGUCAGCAGGAAAAGUAAAGAUUGGUAUAAUCGGAGGAACUGGUAUCGAUAAUCCUGAUAUAUUCGAAGAUAGACAAGAGAAGAAAGUUGAGACUCCAUUUGGGGAUUUCCACAGACAUGGCCGCAAUCAUACCAUCAUGCCAACUGACAUUAACUACCGAGCCAAUAUCCAUGCUCUGAAGCAAGAGGGAUGUACUCAUCUAGUAGUAACGACRGCAUGUGGAUCACUACAGGAACAAUACAAACCAGGYGACAUYGUCUUUCCAGAUCAAUUUAUUGACAGGACAACAAAACGASAGUCAACAUUUUAUGAUGGUAAACCAGGUAGUCCUAAAGGAGUAUGUCAUGUUGCAAUGCAUGAGCCAUACUGUCCAUUAACUAGACAGAUUCUGAUUGACGUUGCACGUGAUUUGAAAUUAAAGCAUCAUGAUGRCAGCAUCAACCAUGUCGUGAUUGAGGGACCUCGCUUCUCAUCCCGAGCUGAAAGUAAAAUGUUUCGYUUAUGGGGAGGUGACAUCAUAGGCAUGACACCCAUGCCAGAGGUCGCACUUGCUAACGAGGCUGGGCUCUGUUAUGCGUCUAUUGCCAUGGUAACCGAUUAUGAUUCUUGGCAUGAUGACAUCGAACCG